UUAUGAUGAUACGGCUGAUACUGAUAGAUAUCCUUGUCGUUAUGUGUCUCUCUGCAUUGCGCAGCUGAUCUUUUGGUUGUAUAUUUGGGAUAGUAUAGAUGAAUAUCUGGUCAUCCAUUAUCAUUGCGGCACUCAUUAACAUCGUUAGACUGAUCAUUAGGUUUAACUCGUCCACGAAAAGAUGCCAGCUGUAUCUGGGUGUAAAGAAGUGGUACAAAAAAGCAGUGUCCCCAUCUGCUGCCCUUCUAGGACUGCAGGGAUGCGACGCCAACAAGCAUAGAGUCAGAAUAUAACCGAUAUAUAGUACAAGAAGGUAUAUAGGACCGG